AUGGUGAAGGAGGCCAAACUUAAAAAUAUUAGAGCUCAAUUUGAAGGUCUGAAAAUGAAAGAGGAAGAGAAAAUAGUUGAUUAUCUACAAAGGAUAGAUGAAAUUGUCAAUGCAAUAAGAGGUCUUGGAGAAUACACUUUAGAUGAAGUCAUAGUAAAAAAGGUACUAAGAUCACUUACAUCUAAGUAUGACACUAAGGUCUCUUGUAUUGAAGAAGCUAAAGAUUUAAAGACUUUCUCCAUGGAUGAGCUAUUUGGUUCCUUAUCAACUUAUGAAAUGAGAACAGUGAGUGGUGAAACUUCAGAGAGAGAGGUUGCCUUCAAUACUACGAAGAAAGGGAAGGAGGUAGAUAAUAGUGCAAAAGAAGAUGACUCGGACACUAUUGAAGCUAACUUUGUCAGGAAGCUCAAGAAAGGCUCAGGGAAAUACAAAGGUAAACUUCAAUUCAAAUGUUUCAGUUGUGGUAAGAUUGGACAUUUUGCUACUAAAUGUCCCUAUGGAGAAAAGGGAGAUGAUGCAAAUCAAAAUGUGAAGAGCUAUGGUAAAGAAAAGGUGACAAAAUCUUUUAAACCAAGGAGAAGAAAUUUUAGAAGGGAGAGCAACCUUUGCACAAUUGAAAAUGAUGCCACUAAUGAAGAGAGUGUCUCUAAUGAGCGUUGUAGUGAGGAUGAAAGAGAAGUCAACCUGCUUAUGGUACGAGAGGAAUUGGAUAAAGAACAUAUGACAAGUGAUGAUGAAGAGGAAGUUGAAGCUGAGGUAGAUCUUGAAGGCGAACUUGUGAGUGUACUUGAAGAACUUAGAAAAGUGAGGAAAUAA